UGAAUAGUGUUGGGAAAUACUGGGUGUGACUUUGAUCCAUUUCCUCAGUGCACAGAGGAGUCAUCUGCACAUGGGUGGAGAGGCAAGAGGUGCUCGUUUCAGCCCAAACCAACUGUUCUAAGAUGUGGGUGGCUGGAGGCUGUUUGCUUUUCUUAUGGGCAUGGAGACUACAUGCACUUAAGAUGUUAAAGUGUUUUUCUCGGCUAGUAGUAAUAUUAUCAGUGUUUUACAUCGCUUUUUCCCCCAUUUUCCCCAUUUCUUUCCUCCUCCAGUUCAGUAAUGAAGCACCCAGCGUUCCAGAGAAGUUUCCUGCCACUAUGAUGCCUGGGGGCUUAACUGAGCCUGAGCCUGCUACUCCCGAAGUCCAGCGUAUCGCUAACGAGGUGAAGCCUCAAUUUGAAAGCAAGGAAAACAGAAGAUAUGGCACCUUUAAUGCCAUCAUAUACAGGACUCAGGUGGUUGCUGGGAUAAACUACUUUAUAAAGGUCCAAGUUUCUGAUGCCGAGUAUGUCCACUUAAGGGUGUUUCAGAGCCUUCCUCAUGAGAAUCAAGGUCCCAGACUUGAUGGUUAUCAGACUGGCAAAACCAAAGACGAUCCUCUGACCUACUUCUGAGAGACGAUGAGGAAUGGCACCUCACUUCUGAAGUUGCAUCCGUAACUGCAUAAAAAUAAAAUGUUUGG